AUGUAUCUUAUUAGACAACAACUCAUUGCAGAACUCAAUACACAUGUGAAAAGAUUAACCGUGGAUCUUACAACAGAACAUACCAUAUUUGUUGUUGAGGGACAGAGAAUCGUAGUAAUGGUGAAUACCAUGAUUGAAACUAUUAAAGAAAUCAUGGCCAAUUAUGAAUCUCUUCAUUAUCAGUUGGACCAAAUAACUGAGACAGGUUCUGUAACCCCAUUAAGAUCUGAAGAAUUUGCUAGUCCAUUUGUACCUGUAUCUUCUGGUUCUUCUCUGUGUUUUUCCAAUGGCUUAAGCCAAUUAUCUUUUUCUGAUAUUACCUUAACAACCAAUAAUCACUUUAAAAUUAUUUUUGAUAAGAUUAUGACAGACAAUAAUUAUUCUUUCAACAAUAUGUGUAAUAUGGUGUCUGUUGAGAUUCAUGGUCUUGAGAUGGGAAAGAUUAGUAAGAAAACUAUAAAAAAUUUUUAUUAUAAUAAUGGUGAUUUUAGAGGUAGUACUUUAAAUAAAAUAGGUGCUUGGAUAGAUAAGGAGCUUGACCUUGACAAUGAAGAUAUCAAAAUUAUCGAGAAGAAAAAGGUUUCCGGUGAUGACUUCCUAGAUUUUAAUGUUGAAAAACUCAUAAAAUAUGGCUUGGAAGACGGUCUAGCUGAAAGAAUCGUGAAAUUAGUCAAUACAAUAAAGAGCGAAGAACAGGUCGAAGUACUGAAACAAGAAGUACUAGAAUUGAAGAAAGAAUUGGAAUUUUUGCGAGAAGACGUUGAUCCGGAAGAUUUAAUUCUUUGUGGCAGUAAUGAUAAUGCCAAAAAUAAUGAGGAGCAAAGUCUAAAUGACAAAUCAUAUGAACAAUAUCUCAAAUCCUAUGUUGCAACAAACUCUCUAAGUCUUAAAAUCAAUGUUUAUACUGUACAGAAACCAUAUUCAGAAUGGACUUUCAACGCUGUUAGCAAUAUAUUUGAACUGCCAACUCAUUACAUGGAUAUUCCUAAAUUCACCUGCGGUACCAAUAAGCUUGAAGAUGAAAAGUCCCAAAAGUUGUUAUUGCACCUUAUCGAAGAUCUAAAGAUCCAUCGAUCAACAAUCCACGGUGUUUCAGAAGCAUAUAAUAGCAAAUUUGUGUUACCAUUUCUUGCGAUAGCAAGUUCUGUGUGUGGUGCGAAGGUUAAAAUAUAUCCAGAAGAAUAUAUCCAAGGGAAAUACGGUCGUGGACCAGUGGAUUUUUGUAUGAUAUUGGAAAAAAUAAUCAUUAGUGUUUUAGAGGUAAAAAGAGAUGAUUUUAUACAAGGUACAGCACAAAUAAUCGUACUGCUUCAUUCAUCGCUUGAAAGCUCUCGAAAGAAAAGACAUGAGGAUGAUGAUUUUGUUAUUAAUAAAGCGUAUGGAAUAGUUACCGACAAAGAAGAGACUUCGAUUAAUUGGGGUAGCAAUUUUGAGAAAAGGGUUACCAAGGUCUUAGGACAGAUUGUUUGGCUAUUUAAAGAUGCAGAAAAAUUAAUAGAAUCAGCAAAACAAAAGAAGUUAUAUAAAUUAAGCAUGCAACCACAAAGAGAUGAAUCUAUGUACUUAUCCGAAAUAGAUUCAUUGAAGCUGGAAUUGGAGCAGAUAGUAAAAGAAAAAAAUGCACUCAAGGUUGAAAAUGCGAAUCUGAGGCAGAUUAUUGAAGAGAAUUCUAGACGUGAUGUAGAGUUUAAGAGCAGAAUUAAGAAGUUGGAGAAAAGUAGAGCAGAUACUGCUUUUGAGAAUGCUAAGCUUAAAACUGAAGUAGUAAAAUUAAGAAGUGAUUUCGAGGAAAUCAAAUCAAAGAGAAUAACCACUGAUUCUCUAGAGCAAUUACCAAUUUCCUCAUCAGCCAAAAAUGAGAUGGAGACAAAUCUGACAAAUCCUCAAUGCACAAUAUCAUCCAUAUGCGCAAAGUCUAAAUCUUCUGAAGAUAAAAAGAUCGAAUUUCUGGAACAAGUGCAUAAAGAACAGAUUAGAAAUGAAAUAAAGAAAAGGAAUCGCGAAAAGAAGCUUAGAUCCCAAGACCCUUUGUCAUCUGAUAAAGUUAUAGAAGGCAAUUCAGACAUAAAGUAUCCUGCUUCGCAAACUAUUAUUCAAAUAAAAAUGCUCUGUAAUCAGAAAAUAGAACAAGAUAUAAUUCAAGAAGUAAUCCUGUUUAUUAAAAAAUCUCUUACCUUAUCGAGUGAUAAAAAAACAUACUCACAAAAUGAACCUAAUAUUUCUGAAACCCAUGAUAGUAAUAUAGAAAUAAACAAUGAUGAACGAGAGUUGGCCCAAUUAUUUUCUGAUGCUGAAUUUGCAGAAGGUAAAAUGAUAAAGGCUAAGCAAAAAGAGGUAAUAUGCUGGUAUACUUACAGAAAAGCCUAUCAAACCAGCAUUGCUGAUAUAUGCUUCAAAACUGGUGUUUCUGAUAAAACUGCAAAAAAUCAAGUUUAUGCUAUUAUUAGAGCUUCUUUACUCAAUGUAUCAGAAACGAAUUUAUAUAAAAAGACUCAGAGAGCUGAGAAUGUUUAUAAACUGUUUGGAAAAAUUACCGAUCCUAUAACUAAAGAAGAAAUUAAAGAGAUGGGAAUCGACAAAGUUUACGGAACUUCAUAUGGUGUAAGAAGUAUAUCUGAAUUAACUGAUGCUCAAAUUUUAAAUAUUAUAAAACAAGUUACGGAAAAAACACAUGACAUCCUGGCUAUUGGUCAGGAACUUCAUGCCGAAAUUUUACCAAAGGCAAACUCAUCUAUUUCUGUAAAUUCAAAAAAAUUACCAGGUAUAACUCUAGAAAAAUCAUUAAAAACCAAGAGCAUAUACGGAAGAGACUGGACUGGAUUCUUGGAUAAAGUAAUGAUGCCAAACAAAAAUUACCUUUAUCAGUAUGCCAUCAAACAUGGAAUAAAUUUCAAAGAAUUUUCGAUUAUUACAGAGGCUGAGAAACAUAGGUGGACCAUGGGAUGUUUUCGUGGGGAUUUGGAAAGAGAUAUACAUUUCUAUCAUGGUGGAAUAGAAAUAAAAGAAGACCCUAGAAAAUAUCAUAAAUUUUUAACUGAUCGUGAGAGGCUAGUUGAUAAAAAGUUAUUAUGUCACAGUAUACUAAAAAGUGGUUUGAGUACUGCAUAG